UCAACCUAUCUUUUAUGAAAAAAUCAUUAUUAUGUUUUACUUAUUCAAAUGUAGAGAUAAUUACACAAGAACGACUGAUCAACAAGUCUUAGCAUGUUGUUAUCACUAUAUAUCAUUAUCAUCAUCAAUAUCAAGUCUCCAAGAAGCCAACAAGCCUUAAUUUCGGAUCUCUACACGCUUGAUCUUAGCCAAAAGGUCGAGAAAGUUAUAAUUUCGGAUAUCCACACCGCACCUAUUCUUGGAAUUAUGUACGAACUUGAUUUGUCUUUUGUUUUUUCUUGCUCAAUAUUGACUCAGUCUAUCAUCUCCUUCCUCUUCAUUAUACGACUACCAUCAUCAUCACCUGGCUCAAUAAUUUCCUCUGGUUUUGACAUUUCUGCACUCAUAACAUUUUCUGGGUCGUAUGUAUAUAGAUUAACCCUAUACCGAUAAUAUACUCAUACAUAUUGCAUACAUAUAUAAAUACAUAUCGUGUCAAUAUUCAUGUUUAGAUACACGUGAUUUGACUAUUCUUCUCUCUGUUUCUUUCCUUCGAUCAUUCCAAAAUCAGAAGAAGGACACAAUAUCGUUCAUAUUAUUAGGUAUUGUCAUUUUCUAAUUUUUGGAGCAGCAUGCAUGAACGCACGCAAGCACUGUGCCUCAAAUCGCCAUUAUCGAUGCGCUUGCACAUCAACUUCUUCAUCUCCAACCUCUCUGCAUGCCUCGAAUCGAUCACACAUACUAUUUACCUUCACUCUCUUGUGAAACCUACAGAUCCAUCUCUGUGCUUCUUACACAUAUCUGGACCACAUUUUCUUUGUAUGUAUCAUCUAUAUAUCUUUGAAGCAUCCAGUACUCUUUUGUUCUAAUAAUCCUUGACUUAUAUAUAUAUAUAUAUAUAUAUGCGCGCGUGCUUAGAGAUGGUAGAGAGAAAGAGAGCGGUGAUGAUACGUUGUUGUUCCCCUAGUUAUAAUAAACUCAUGAGCUUAGUCACUGUAGUGUGUUUUGUUGCGCUGAUUCUGUUGAUCUCGGCUGGGACCAUCGAGUUUCCUUCAUCGUCCUAUUUCUAUUCAUUACCUUCAUUCACCACUACCAUCAUCAAUUACAAUGCUUCCAUGUCUGAUCAUCAUCAUGAGGGAUUCACAGAUCUUCUUGGUGCCUUUAAGGAGUGGGAUUCUCAAGUGGGUUGCGAGAGGUAUAAGAAGAAACUACUGUUGCAGAAUUAUACUGCCGUGAAUUCUUCUUUGAGGGAAGAGAUUCAUGGAGGUGGUGCAUCAGAUUCAGAUGAAGAGUGUGAGGGGUUGAAGAUGAAGCAUGUGAGUGUAUUGGUGAAAGGGCCAACCUGGAUUCCUGAUAGUCUGGAUAACUUGUACACUUGUCGAUGUGGUUUGAGCUGCUUGUGGACUAAAUCUUCUGUCCUUGCAGACAAUCCUGAUGCUCUCUUGUUUGAAAAAACUAAGCCUCCACGUCGGAGGAAGGUUGGGGAACCAAUUCGAGUAUACAUGGAUCUAGAACCAGAGAGGAAAAGAACAGGUCGUGAGGACAUAUUCAUCAGUUAUCAUGCUGAUGAUGAUAUCCAGACAACCUAUGCCGGAGCCUUUUUCCACAACAAUCGAAACUACCACGUUUCCUCUCACAAGAACAGCGGACCACUUGUGUACUGGUCAUCAUCGCACUGUGUAUCCAAAAGGAACAAGGUGGCGCAAGGGCUUCUCUCCAUGCUGCCUCACCAUUCCUUCGGCAAGUGCCUCAACAACGUUAAUGGCAGAAACAAGGUCCUCUCUUUCUACCCUCACUGCACUCAAUCCUCUUCCCCAAGAUGGUGGGACCACCUUCACUGUGCCAUGUCACACUACAAGUUCGUCCUCGCCAUUGAGAACACCUGGACUAACAGCUACGUCACCGAGAAGCUCUUCUACGCCCUUGACUCUGCUGCCAUCCCCAUCUACUUCGGAGCUCCCAACAUCGAUGACUUUGUACCGCCUCAUUCCGUCAUCGACGGCUCUAAGUUCACGACGCUGCAAGAUUUGGCUCUCUAUGUCAAGGCUUUGGCUAAUGACUCUGUGGCUUACGCGGAGUAUCAUGCUUGGAGAAGGUGUGGCCUCUUGGGCAACUAUGCCAUGACCAGAGGGCUUAGCCUUGACUCUUUGCCUUGUAGGCUUUGUGAACUUAUUAGCAGAAAAGGAGGAAGAAAUGCAGAUUCCAAUUGACAUUGCUUCUAAUCUAAUUAAAUCUCUCUGAAAAACUAGAUUUGGGUGUCUGUUGUCUUCUCUAUUGUCUCCUAAUGUUCGAAGUCUUAGCCCUUCAUUUCAGCUAACGAUCAGAGAAAUUUCAUCUAAUUUUGUUGAAGGGCUGACAUUUUGAAAAUCAGAAGCAACAGACCCCACAAGUCCCUGUAAAAUUUCAUCAGACAUGGGUUUGAACAAGUAGGUGAAGUCAACAUUUCGGAUAAGUAUGUAUGUGUCUGAUAUGUUUGUGCUUGUUGGCAGAAAAGGAGGAAGAGAUGUGGAUUCCAAAUUGAGAUUGUUUCUAACUCACUGUGUAAACCUUUUUAUACUAAGUAUAUAUGUGUGUGUGUGUGUGUGUCUGAUAUGUUUAAUGUUUUGGGUUUCUUUGUUGUUGGAUACGGUUUGUAUCUGAGAUUACUUGAUGAUAGAAUUAUGUAUCUGAUAGAAUUGUUGAUGAAUGGUUACCUAUUAUAUAGGGCAACAAGUACUUUCCUUGGUCACUUUUAACACCUUUUUUUUUUUGUGAUUUUUAUCAUUCAUCAUUGUUUAAAAAAAAAAGGAUCUUAUUAGGGAUUCACUGUGUGCGGCAUGUAGAUUUUUAAUGUUAUAACAGAACAUGUCCUGAUACAUUGACUUGAGUCAUUUUGCCAUUAACGUUUGUAUUGGAACCUGGGAAUUUUUCAGCCACGUGCUGUUUCAGUUAUCAUUUGACCAAAUAAGCAAAUUCAUUGGCUAAGGCUUCUGUUUAAUCACUUUAACCGAUAAUUUGAACUACGAGUUACUUUAAAAAAUAUUAUUUGAUAUUGUUAGAGCUAACAAACUCAAACGAGUAACCUAUAUGACAAAAUGACUAACUUCAGUUGAAUUUGUUAUUUCCUUUUUCCCCAGAAAAAAUUUUAUAAAUUUUCUCGUUCUAUUUAACUGCUUAGAAUUGCUUUAUGGCCUGUAUUAUGAAACAAUAUGAAUAUUGGCGGUGGAGGAAAGAACAAGAAGAAAGAAGUAAAAGAGGCCAAGGUACAGUCAUGGAAGGACAAGAAGGAAGUUGCAGAUAAGGAAGCAGAGGACCUGAGAAGGGACAUAGACAACCUUGAAACAUGGGUUGGUAUGAUGCAAUCCAUGAACAAUCAGCAAGUGAAGGAAUAUCUCAAGAACAGACCUGAUGAUUUGAAGAAGUUCAAAAGGUGCCAAAAGAGCCAAAAGAGCAAAACAAAGAUUCAAUGUACUGUGAAGUCCAAGUCUUCCGCUUAUAGUGGGAUAGUGGCUUCAGUUUGGAAGUUUCACAAAGACUAGGAUCCAGAAGGCAAUCACUUUGGUUUCUUUGGAAUUUUAACUUUCUAUAAAAGGAUGUAACAGCUGGUUCAAAGUGAAAAUGAGAAUUCAAAUGUUAUGCAGAAAACAUGUAAUGCUCUUCUGGUUUUGAACAGAGAGAACAUUGAUUACUCUAAGGAUGAACCACCACCUAU